AUGCCGCUUGGGCAGCCACCCAUGUCUGGCCCCCGGCGGCAGCAGGAUAUACCAUACUCGGCCGGUCCUCCCAACAUGCGCUCGCCGCCGGCGUACAUGGGUUACCCUCCUCACAUGAAUGGGCACAUGCCCGCAUAUUCGCCCCAGCAAUAUCCGCAUUGGUUCCCCGCAUACCCUCAGAUGCAACCGCCUCGUCCCUUUCAACCUCCGUACGCGCCGAUGUUCGUGUCCUCCUACCCUCCUCCCGCUCAGCCGAUCAUGGCCCCGGCCCACAUGCCGCCACCACCCCUACAACCCCGGAAUUCCACCCCCCUGCAAGCGACCAUGUCCCCGUCAGUGGGUUCCGCCCCGGCUCCAAUUGCGAUGCAAGCACAGUCGCCCGCGGCUAUUCCGCUGCAAUAUGUCCCCAGUCCCGCCGUGUCGUCCCCUGUUUCGGCGCCUGUCAGGGUCUCAACGCCUCCGAGAGAGCCAUUCCAUGCACCGCUUCCAUGGCUCUCGGUUCCCGAUCACCCCUUCCCCGCCAGAACCCUGCGCAGACGUCGAAAAGGCCGGAACCUGCAGUCCUCAUCGAUCGAUGUAGAGCUUCCCACGAAAGGCGGCCAGCAGAGUCAUCGUGCUGUGGAGAAGACGGAAACGAAAGGAGGCGAAGUCCCGGCUCAGAUCCCCUCUGAACCCCAGACCCCUGCUUUGUCCGCGGCUCCGUCAGUCGCGAAUUCGACGCAACCCACCACUCCCUCCUCGGCGGUUCCCAACCUCCCCGCGCGGUCUCAGUCGCAGUCCAAGGGGUCGAAACCAGCGGUGCCCGUGGUACCGGUUGUUCCUGUUAUCCCGGGCCCCCCGACCCCACGCCAGGCCCCCACGGAUGAUGCUGGUCGUUCUCCCGAGGCUCCUAAAGCUACCGGGGCUGCGGCAGAAGCAGACUCGGCCACUGCCGGGGAGGCCAAUAAGCCAUCGCCUCAGGCGACACCCAAAUCGUGGGCGGACCUCGUCCGACACAAGGCAAUCGCCAAAGGUGCGGGCACCGGAGGUGCGCCGCCCGUUGUGUCGAAUGGCCUAGUGAACGUCAAGACCGAAACCAUGGCGGAUGUCCUCACGAGUCUUGGAGUAGACGUCUCUCAGUACAGCGAUAAGGUUGCAUUCCUUGAGCCCAGAGGUCUUGUAAAUACGGGUAACAUGUGUUACAUGAAUUCUGUUCUUCAAAUCUUGGUUUCGUGUGUGCCUUUCUAUCAGUUUUUGGAUCAUAUUGGACGACGCGCUUCGCAUAGCUUCCAGAGCGAUUUCCCCAUGAUUGACGCCAUGAUCAUGUUCAUGAAGGAAUUCCGUGUCAUUGACGCUGCGCAGACUGAAGAGCAACUGAAGCUUCGACUAAAGCCGAAUGAGCUCGAAGAAUAUGGAGACUCGUUCACCCCGGAAUUUGCUUACCAGGUGAUCAGACAGUUGCCACGCUUCCGAGACAUGCGCCGAGGCCACCAGCAAGAUGCCCAGGAGUUCCUCGGUUUUCUGCUCGAAGAGAUGCACGAGGAAUGUGCUCGGGCCGCGAAGGACGUACCUCCGACGAAGGUGGAUGAAUCGCUACCGGAUGCCGAAGCUUCGGCUGCAGAUGGCGAGUCCGGCGAUGGCUGGCUGGAGGUCGGUCAUAAGCAGAAGGCUGCUGUCACUCGGUCAUCCGGCCAUAUCACUCUGGAAUCCCCCAUCACACGAAUCUUUGGCGGCAAAAUCAGGUCCGAGUUUAAAGUUCCCGGCAACAAGACCUCAGUGACUUUGGAGCCUUAUCAGUCCCUGCAACUUGAUAUCGGAUCACCCCAUAUUCACAACAUCGUCGACGCACUGAAGGGACUAACAAAGCCGGAAAGUAUCCAAGGCGACUUCAACUCCCCUCGCGGCCCCAAUGUGACGGCAACGAAACAGGUGUUCAUUGAAAACUUGCCGCCUGUUCUUAUCCUCCACCUGAAACGGUUCCAGUAUGAUAGCGUCACCAACGGGACGCAGAAGAUUUGGAAGAGGAUCGGUUAUCCGCUCGACUUGGAAAUUCCUCGCGAGGUGUUCCCGUCCAACAAACGCAACAUCAUGAUGGCGCAAGGUGGAUUGCCCAAGUACCGACUUAUGGGCGUCAUCUACCACCACGGCAAGAACGCGAGCGGCGGCCAUUAUACGGUCGAUGUUCGCCGCCAAGAGGGUCGUGAAUGGAUCCGCCUUGACGACACAGUCAUUCGCCGCGUUAGAAGCGAAGACGUUGCCGAAGCCGGCGGUGAGGAAGAUCCUCAGGUUAUUGCUGCGGCGCUGGAGCAGCACCGAAACGAUAGAGAUCCGAACAUCAACAACAUCUACGGUCACAUUGAACAAGAUGACAUGGAGCAUUCCGACAGUGGGCGUGGCUGGAGCCAAGUGAAUGGCACGGGAUCUGGCCAUUCCAGCAAGAAAUCUACCGGUGCUGCAAACGGGGCUGCACCAUCUGGACCCUCGUCCGGGGUUCGGACUCCGCUUGGGCGGUACGGAUCUCAGGAUAACAAGGUGGCAUACUUAUUGUUUUACCAGCGCAUUGCAUGA